AUGUUCAUUAAACUGAAUUAUUUGAGUCAAACUCCACUCACUACCCCUCACGGCCACCAAAUAAGCAUCGAAUUUCGUGAUCAGUUCCACUUGGAAGAGGCAACCAAUUGUGAAUACGAUUAUCUGGAGAUCCGUGACGGCGCCUAUGGCUACUCCAAUCCCAUCGCUAAACUGUGUGGACAUGAAUUCCCACGAGAUAUCAGUUCUAAUGAUCGCUAUUUGUUUCUACGGUUUGUAUCCGACGAAAGCAUUGAAUAUUCCGGAUUCAGAGCCGUCUACUCAUUCAAAAAGCUUCCCACCGAAAGGCCUGAACCUCCGAGAGAAUGUCGAUUCAAUAAGACUGGUGUGAGUGGACUCAUACACCACAAGGAAAUUCCAGCUGAACUACAAAACUAUUCCAUCGCUCAAGAAAUCUCUAUCGAUUGCAUGUGGAAUAUAACAGUACAGCCCGGAUAUAAGAUGUAUUUGAAUUUCAAGGAAUAUAAGCUGAAUAACCCAAACAAUUGUGAAUCCAAUUACAUCGAUGUAUAUAACGAUAAGCUGAGUGAGUUGGCCCGGGAGUACCGGUUCUGUGGCACUCAAGCAGAGUCUGUGCGAUCGAAAUCCAAUACAAUGAACAUCAGGUUCUUCGCCAAACACGACGCCCUUCAGAGCGUUCAGUUUGAGAUCACUUUCACUGCCUUCCGAGAGCUCACCAACAAAGAAAAAUGUCGAACCGAUGAAUUCGACUGUGAAGACAGCACUUGUAUUGAUUACAGCCUCAGAUGCGAUGGAUAUGACAAUUGUAAAUAUCGAUACGAUGAGGACAAACAGACUACCUGUGCUCCCGCGAGUGGUGGUAUAUUCAACUUCACAUCGCAGCAUAUGGUCGUCAUUUUGGUGGUGUUCUGUGCGCUGGUGUUGGGAAUGUGUGCCUCCAUUACCAUCUCGUGUUGGAGUAAAAUACAGGAACGGAGACAACGAAAGCGUGAUUACAAACUGAGGCGAUCCAGAGAGACGUCCGUUGAGGUGGGAUUGGACCGCACGAUGACUAUCACGAGCUUAGACCGCACCGACAGACAGGCACUCGAGCAGGAAAUGGCAGCACAACAACAGGCAGUGUUAGGUUCCGGCGGCCGGACCCGCAAAAUCAUAACCGCAAACGCCAUCACCAGAAAAGGCGGCGCUUUUCGUGAUGACGACCUCAACGGUUGUUAUGUCCCCGAUAUGGAUAUUAAUGUGUUUCGCAAACAACCCAAUGGCGGACCACAACCACAGCAACUCCUGGACGACAAGUUCUCCCCCGAGUCGCCCACACACGCCAUGAUUGGUAACCAGAUAUCGCCCGAUUGUACCCAUUAUUACGUUCAUCAACAGCAACGAGACUCCAUCAGAAGCAGCUCCGAGAGCCCAAUACCGCCGCCACCGCCGCCACCGAUGUUGAGUCACAUGAGACAAAGACAACGAACUGUUCCGUUAGACGCCAGCAAAUUAGACUCGUGUUCGCCAUCCGAUGACAAUCACCACCUCAUCGACAGAGGCGUAGAACAGAUGCAUCAGUCGGUGCCCCAAAUGCAUCGCCCGGACUGUUCCCAACAUAACCCCAAUUCACUUUAG